UUUGGAAUUCCAAGUCCUUUCUGAAUCCGUGGUUGAGGGACUCCAUGGCCAGGUCACCUGGAGUGUGACUCAAGAGCAUGAUCACCUUCCCUAGCCCAGGAAGUGGAGGGACAGACAUGGUGGGUUCCUGGCUUACACAGAUCCUGGGAUUCCUCUCCCCAGAUUUUCUGACCUGUCAUCGGGGGAUCACCUUUAUGACACACACAAACUUGGCUCAAGAACCCACUGACUGGACCACAUCGAAUACCGAGAUGUGCGAGGCGGGGCAGGUGUGUCAGGAGACGCUGCUGCUGGUAGAUGUAGGACUCACAUCAACCCUGGAGUCGACCAAAAGCUGCAGCGCUGUUGGGGCUCAAAAUUCCCAGAAGACCACCAUCCACUCAGCCCCUCCUGGGGUGCUUGUGGCCUCCUAUACCCACUUCUGCUCCUCGGACCUGUGCAAUAGUGCCAGCAGCAGCAGCGUUCGGCUGAACUCCCUCCCUCCUCAAGCUGCCCCUGUCCCAGGAGACCGGCAGUGUCCUACCUGUGUGCAGCCCCUUGGAACCUGCUCAAGUGGCUCCCCCCGAAUGACCUGCCCCAGGGGCGCCACUCAUUGUUAUGAUGGGUACAUUCAUCUCUCAGGAGGUGGGCUGAUCACCAGAAUGAGCAUUCAGGGCUAUGUGGCCCAACCUUCCAGCUCCUUGUUGAACCACACCAGACAAAUCGGGAUCUUCUCUGUGUGUGAGAAGGGUGAUGAGCCGCCUCCUGCCCCUCAGCCUGAGGGAGUGGAAGCAAUCCUGCAUAGGUUCCAGAGCCACAGGAAAGGCCCUGUUCACGGAAGCACUGAGCAGGGUCCAGGGAAGGCCAACUGGAACCCCCAGUGUGUGUGUAUCCGUGACCACCUGAAGUGGGCACUAAGGCAGCUGCCGUCCACUUCUGCUGGGUGCCAGCUCACUGUGAGGACCCAUCCAUAA